CCCGACUCACAGUUUCACGACAACAUGGCGGCGGGAAAUGUCGAAGAAAAAGCGGACGUGGCGCUGUUUUACCACGCUCACGAUGAGGAAGAAGCCAGCACCCUUAAAGAUGCUCUCCUGGGGGAGGGCUUGACGGUAAAAUCUUACGAAGAUUUCCAAGUUGGGGGAUACAGUCCUGAAAGUCGCGGUUCCCUCAUAAAAAACUCCUGGUGUGUGGUGCUGCUUCUCACGGAGGAUUUCGUCAAUGACACAGGGAUGAAUGAGUUCGAGACUUACACCUCCCUUCAUCAUAGCAUCCAAAAAAACCUGAAAAAGGUUUUUCCGGUGAUACACUGCGACGAAUCGUCGAUCCCCACUGCUUUGGGCUGCAUUUCUGGAAUCUACGGCUCUCGUCCAGUCGAUGAACAAGCAGCAAAAAUAUCGAAAGGCGUGAAACACCUCAAGCCGGAGCCCGAUGUACUUCAACAGGGGUACCAGUUGAUUGAACCCGCGCGUAAAAUCCUUAAAUUCACCGCUUCAGAAUUGACAAAAUACUUCAGAAUGGACGACAAGAUCAAAGCUAUCCACGGAGAACUGAAAAAGAAAGUUGAGGAAAACAAUCCGGAUGACGGUAAACGACACGAAUGUUGGAUCGAGUGCAUCACUGAUGAGAUGAUCAAAAACGACGGUGGGCGUCCCAAGGGGCAGCGUUUCACCAAAAACGUCACGCUCAAAUCUGCCACUACAGAGUUGCUUCAUGGGCUGGAUGGACCGACAGGCCACCUCUGUCUAGUGUCUUUGCUCCUCAACAAAACUCCAUUAAAAAAGCACACCGACUGUGCCAAAUUAGCUGAGUAUCUCGACCCAGACAACAUAUUCGACCUCCUGAAAAAGUGUAAGGUCUUCCCCAAGUGGAAUCCACAAGAGUUGGAAGCAAUAGAACAGUUAAAAAGUAAUAGAUCAAAGGAAGCACAUCAACCCGUGGAGUCAUCAACUGAUAGUGAGAAGGAACUGGUCGAAUCGAUUAAAAAAACAUCCAUAUCAUCUUACGAAACACUGGUAGUGCUCCCUUUCAAAGCAGAAAUAUCCAAGAUCGUCGGCGAGGCUGGAGCAACAGCUAACCAGUCUAAUGUUGGAGAAGACCAACACGAUGAUGCCGCCUCCUAAACCUUUUCACUUCAUCGCCUAAUUACGUUCGCCUGUUGAAACUUACUGGUGGCCAAAGUAUGCACAAAGUUCCACAAGGGCUGGUGUGCCAAGUUUCGGUUUAAUUUACGGUAUUUUCACGCUUUGGUAGCUUGGAAUUUAUAACGCAAUCAUUCAUUUGCAUUUGUAUUGACGGCCAACAGCAAUUUGCCAACCAUUCAUGUGGCAAAUAAACUAACGUAGGGAACCAAGGGAAAGAUCUGCCAGACAGGUUUGUAUAAACAGCGUCCAAAAACGACCAAGACGGGGAGGAUGUGGGGCGGUGACUCUAAAUACAACCAACUUGGCUUCGCUUGACCGUGCAGUUUUCAGCAUCGUAUCCGGCAUUUAAUGUCAGGGGAGGCCAAAUUGAAAAUCUACUGCCGCAUUGGCCUCAUUCAACUUGGGAAUACUUGCCGUCCCAACAUUCUUGCCUUUAUUUCAUGAUGUUGUUUCUUUAAAGUGUUUAGGAGCUAAUAUUAGAUAAGUAUUGUAGACCGCUUACUUCCUUGCCGAUGACGUUUUCUUUGUAAAAAGUAAUCAUCAAAAUAAAAAUCCCCUUUCCCCGUUUGAUAAACUACUGCAAUUAUAUGAUACGUUUAGCAGAACCUUCAGCAAAGCACCUUCAAUGCAUCAUCAUAGUUGACGGUUUUUUAUUUCCUCAUAAAAACAUGAGCAUUGCACUUAAGCAGUCAACGGCUGCUUUAUUUCCUUAUUAAAACAUUCCUCACAUUCGCACAUUGCACUGGAAAACAUUGUCAUUGGCUGAACACGCAAGUGCACAGUUAAAGUAACUUCGAUGAAUUUAUUUGGCCCAAACUGCUAGGUUGUUUAAAGAAAACUAGAUCGUAGAGUUCGUUUUUUGCAACAUGCAUACAGCCGACGACACGCUCCACUGUUGCGUACGUGCCUCUUUUUACUCUAUCUAGUAUCUCAGCAGCUGAAAUGUUUCCUUCCUAUUAUGCUAACAAACUUAAUGUUUAAGAUGUCAUAUUUUAUGUAGUUCGUUUGACUUUUUUGAUGAAAUAAUUAAGAUGGAAUUUUCAUAAUGUUGAGAUUGCGUUGUCAUUACAAAUCUCGUUAAAUGUGUACAUGUAUGGGCCGUGUGAACACUCUUGCAAGAGACAAAAUUUUAGUACUUACUUGAGAUAAGUUUCGGGGAAACCCAAGUUGUUACAAGUCACUAUUUUUUUUAUUUGAACCGAGUCGUGUUAACGUAGUGACUCGAGUUGAGUCAAGCAUAAAACACAAGUUGAGUCAAGUCAUUUACCCAUCGCAAAUCAAGUCGAGGCACUGAAUAUUGUGACUCGAACCAGACCCGAGUCGAGCCGUCAAUACAACUCUGGGGAAAUUGAAUUGAAUUUGACGGCAUUCAUUCAAGCAUUCCUUAAGUGCCUUUGACAGUAGCCUUCAUCACCAGUACAUUAAAAAAAAGAACUUUAUAAUUAAGUUUCGAUUUCUUCCCUGCCAGAAGUACUAUAACCAGCUUCCUCUGGUAUCAACUUCAUCAUGCUGCCGAGCCAGAGAAUGGUUACCAGCCAGAACUGCCACAGAAUUUGGCAUUUCUUGCUCAGCAAAUAUAAAUGUUGAGCCCGAUUGCGAACUCGGGUUGCCCAGUUAAGAAUGCCAAAUCAGGCAGAAACAAAACAGUUUCUACUUCCACAUGAGGUUCCCGAAUGGCGCAUUCGGUUUGAGGACCAACAAUAUGUUUUAAGAGAUGAGCAAUUUCCAAUUGAGAAUUUUUCAUUAAAGUAUACUCGGAUUUUGUGACAAUUCUCAAUUCAUUUCAAUUUAUAUAUGGAUCUUUAGUUUCUGUAGAAAUGCUCUUUUUUAAUGAAAAUAACCAGGUAUUAUAUAGAUAAUGAUUCCAGUCAUUUUGCACUUUAUAAUGGUGACAAAAGUAAUCUUUUAAUUGAUGUAUGUUAGCAUUUAAUUACUGCAAUUUAGGAAAGCUUUACUAUAGAA